AUGGAUUCAGCUGAUAGUGCUGCUGGGAAUUCGCAGGAUGACAAGAAGAAAGCCAUCAAGAAAUUGAUCAAAUGCAAUAUUUGUCUAUUAUUGACGGAACACCAUAGACUGCAUAAGGGUGAAUGUGAAAUCUGCCAAAGUUCAUCAGGAAGGACAUUCCCAACAAACACAUCACCACGCACACUGGCGAAAAAAUCUUCAAAUGUCAUAUUUGAGAGGAGGAAUUCACAUUACCAGAAGAAUUUCUCACAGAAGGUCGACUUUAUUGCAGAUCAACACGUGGACACUGACCUGAAUCUUUUCGAAUGUGAAAUUUGCCGAAAGACAUUCACCUCUAACUAUCGUUUGAGUCAACAUAAAUCAAUACACAUUGGUGAGAAACCAUUCCAAUGCGACAUUUGCCAAAAGAAAUUUGCACUCCAGUUUUACUUGACUAAACACUAUAACGAGCACACUGGUCUGAAUCUUUUCAAAUGUGGAAUUUGCCCAAAGAAAUUUACUUCAAUUUAUCGUUUUUCUCGACAUAAAUUAAUACACACUGGUUACGAACCAUUGCAAUGUGAUAUUUCUCAGAAGAAAUUCCCACGCAAGGAUCACUUGAUUGCACAUCACAAUGUGCACACUGGUCUGGAGCCUUUUGAAUGUGACACUUGUCAGAAACAAUUCACUUCUGCUGAUUCUUUGCGAGAACAUUCAAAACUGCACGAUAACUUGAAAUCAUUCGAACAUUCGAUCACAUACAAGAGAGAACACCCUGACGAGAAACCGUUCAAGUGCGAUAUUUGUCAAAAAGCGUUCAAACGAAAAUUCGAUUUGAAUGGCCACCGAAGAAGUCACACUGGCGAGAAACCUUUUGAAUGUCACAUUUGCCUGAAAAACUUCGCCUUAAAGAGGAGUUUGCUUGUUCAUAUUGAAAUGCAUACUGUGGGGAAGUCAUUCAAAUGCGAUAUAUGCGUGAAGUCGUUCAGUCGGAAGAGUGUUAUUAUAGAACACUGUAGACGCCAUACUGGCGAGGCACCUCACGAAUGUACCAUCUGUCAACAGAUAUUUGCUUUCAAAAGUAACUUGUUGACACACGUUGCUCUGCACGCUGGCGAGAAACCUUUUCAAUAUGAUGUGAAAAAGUCCAAAUUGAAAUGUCAAUUGAACAGUCACAGCAAAGCUCGUCACAGUGAGAUAACUGUGGAUAGUAAAAUUGUUGCUGCUAACGGUGAUACCAGCGGACAAUAUUUUGAAACAAAACAUAAAUUAAUACACACUGGUGAGGAACCAUUGCAAUGUGAUAUUUAUCAGGAGGAAUUCUCACACAAGGAUCACUUGAUUGUACAUCACAAUGUGCACACUGGUCUGGUGCCUUUUGAAUGUGACACUUGUCAGAAACAAUUCACUUCUGCUGAUUCUUUGCGAGAACAUUCAAAACUGCACGAUAACUUGAAAUCAUUCGAACAUUUGAUCACAUACAUGAGAGAACAAAUUGUCGAGAGACCGUUCAAGUGCGAUAUGUGUCAAAAAGCGUUCAAACGAAAGUUUGAUAUGACUCGCCAUCGAAUAAUGCACACUGGCGAGAAACCUUUUGAAUGUUACAUUUGCCUGAAAAACUGCACCUCAGAGAAGAAUUUGCUUUUUCAUAUUGAUACGCAUACAGCGGGGAAGUCAUUUAAAUGCGAUAUAUGCGAUAAAUCGUUCAGACAGAAAAGCGUUAUUAUAGAACACUGUAGACUACAUACUGGCGAGGCACCUCACGAAUGUACCAUCUGUCAACAGAUAUUCGCUUUCAAAAGUAACUUGUUGACACACGUUGCCCUGCACGCUGGCGGAAAACUUUUUCAACGUGAUUUGACAAAAUCCAAAUUGAAAAUUCAAUUGAACAGUCACAGUGGGAUACCUGUAGAAAGUACAAUUGUUGCUGCUAACGAUGAUACUAGCGGACUAUAUUCUGAAAAAAAGAUAAAAAGUUGGUCUAUUAAUGAAUUUGACGAUGAGAUUAAGACAGAAGUGAAGGAUGAAGUCGUCGAGGACACUAUUUUACCAACAGAUUCUGUAUUUGUGGAUAAAUGUGUGAAAAGUGAAAUUGAAUUUGUUCAUCAUGAACAGAAUUCGAGACAAUUCGUUAAAAUCGAAAAUGAACAAACCUACAGUGAUAAAUAUGAGUAG